CAAAAUGAGAGUCGCAGCUAUAUUGGUCUGCGCAUUCGCCGCUGUACUAGGAAAUGAUAUAAAACUUGACUUGGAUUUAAGCUUCCUAAUAUGUCCAUUAGAUGUAGCAAUUCAAACAUUCUUCCCUCACCAGCAUUGUGGCAUGUUCUAUCAGUGCUCUAAUGGAGUCGUUGUUGAGCGUCAAUGUUCGGGAGAUCUCUUGUUCGAUUUAGUUAACCAACAGUGCGACUGGCCAUAUAAAGUCGACUGCACUGGUAGAAAUACUACUGAGCCAAAACCAAAACAAAACGAAAGCACAGUAAAUGAAAGCGAUGGAGACGGUGACAACGCCACUUGCAAUUGUGAUCCGACUGAAGCACCAGAAAUUUGUGCACAAUCCAACUCCGAUGGAGUUUUAGUUGCUCACGAAGCUUGCAAUUAUUACUAUAAAUGCGCAAAUCAGAAGCCCAUUAGUCUUAAAUGUCCGAGAGGCCUUUAUUACAAUCCAAAUAAGCGCUGGUGUGACUGGCGUAAAAGUGUCGAUUGUGGCAACAGAACUAUUUCAAACAAUGAUGACGAAGAUACUAACGUUAAUGAAAAUGACAAUGAAGGCAAUAACAACACUCAGGAAAUUGCUAAUAACGAACACGUUGAUGCUGCAAAGAUUUGUGCGCAGCAAGAAAUUGAUGGCCUUUUAAUAGCCCAUGAAAAUUGCAAUAUGUUCUAUACGUGUUCUGGUAAGCAACUGUUUGCUCAAAGAUGCCCUGAUAAUCUUGUCUACAAUCCGAGCACGGAAGUGUGCGACUGGCCUGAAUUUGUCAACUGUGGUAAUAAAACAACUGCAGAGCCUGAGAAGAAUGACAACGGUAGUGAUGGAGACAGUAACAACACUCAGGAAAUUGCUGAAAACGAUCACGUUGAUGCUGUAAAGAUUUGUGCGCUGCAAGAAAUUGAUGGCGUUUUAAUAGCCCAUGAAAAUUGCAAUAUGUUCUAUACGUGUUCUGGUAAGCAACUGUUUGCUCAAAGAUGCCCUGAUAAUCUUGUCUACAAUCCGAGCACGGAAGAAUGCGACUGGCCUGAAUAUGUCAACUGUGGUAACAAAACAAUUGCAGAGUUUGAGAAUAAUGACAACGGUAGUGCUGGAGACAAUAACAACACUCAGGAAAUUGCUAAUAACGAUCACGUUGAUGCUGCAAAGAUAUGUGCGCUGCAAGAAAUUGAUGGCGUUUUAAUAGCCCAUGAACAUUGCAAUAUGUUCUAUAAGUGUUCUGCUAACAAACUAGUCGCUCACAGAUGUCCUGAUGGUCUUAUGUACAACCCCAGCACGGUACUCUGCGACUGGCCUGAAUUUGUCAACUGUGGUAAUAAAACAACUGCAGAGCCUGAGAAGAAUGACAACGGUAGUGAUGGAGACAGUAACAACACUCAGGAAAUUGCUGAAAACGAUCACGUUGAUGCUGUAAAGAUUUGUGCGCUGCAAGAAAUUGAUGGCGUUUUAAUAGCCCAUGAAAAUUGCAAUAUGUUCUAUACGUGUUCUGGUAAGCAACUGUUUGCUCAAAGAUGCCCUGAUAAUCUUGUCUACAAUCCGAGCACGGAAGAAUGCGACUGGCCUGAAUAUGUCAACUGUGGUAACAAAACAAUUGCAGAGUUUGAGAAUAAUGACAACGGUAGUGCUGGAGACAAUAACAACACUCAGGAAAUUGCUAAUAACGAUCACGUUGAUGCUGCAAAGAUAUGUGCGCAGCAAGAAAUUGAUGGCGUUUUAAUAGCCCAUGAACAUUGCAAUAUGUUCUAUAAGUGUUCUGCUAACAAACUAGUCGCUCACAGAUGUCCUGAUGGUCUUAUGUACAACCCCAGCACGGUACUCUGCGACUGGCCUGAAUUUGUCAACUGUGGUAAUAAAACUACUGCAGAGCCUGAGAAGAAUGACAACGGUAGUGAUGGAGACAGUAACAACACUCAGGAAAUUGCUGAAAACGAUCACGUUGAUGCUGUAAAGAUUUGUGCGCUGCAAGAAAUUGAUGGCGUUUUAAUAGCCCAUGAAAAUUGCAAUAUGUUCUAUACGUGUUCUGGUAAGCAACUGUUUGCUCAAAGAUGCCCUGAUAAUCUUGUCUACAAUCCGAGCACGGAAGAAUGCGACUGGCCUGAAUAUGUCAACUGUGGUAACAAAACAAUUGCAGAGUUUGAGAAUAAUGACAACGGUAGUGCUGGAGACAAUAACAACACUCAGGAAAUUGCUAAUAACGAUCACGUUGAUGCUGCAAAGAUAUGUGCGCAGCAAGAAAUUGAUGGCGUUUUAAUAGCCCAUGAAAAUUGCAAUAUGUUCUAUACGUGUUCUGGUAAGCAACUGUUUGCUCAAAGAUGCCCUGAUAAUCUUGUCUACAAUCCGAGCACGGAAGUGUGCGACUGGCCUGAAUUUGUCAACUGUGGUAACAAAACAACUGCAGAGCCUGAGAAGAAUGACAACGGUAGUGAUGGAGACAGUAACAACACUCAGGAAAUUGCUGAAAACGAUCACGUUGAUGCUGCAAAGAUUUGUGCGCUGCAAGAAAUUGAUGGCGUUUUAAUAGCCCAUGAAAAUUGCAAUAUGUUCUAUACAUGUUCUGGUAAGCAACUGUUUGCUCAAAGAUGCCCUGAUAAUCUUGUCUACAAUCCGAGCACGGAAGAGUGCGACUGGCCUGAAUUUGUCAACUGUGGUAAUAAAACUAUGGCAGAGCCUGAGAGUAAUGACAGCGGUAGUGAUGAAGGCAAUAAUGAGAAUGAGGACAACAAUACUACUGUAGGACCUAUCAAUGAUAAUCCUGCUGAAGCACGCACGAUUUGCGCACAAGAUGAAUCUGACGGUAUACUGAUUGCCCAUGAAAAUUGUGACCAUUUCUAUAUCUGCAAUUUGUUUGUUCCAAUAACUGUAAAAUGUGGAAAAGAUCUAUAUUUCAAUGCUAACGAGGAACGUUGUGAUUGGCCCAAUAAUGUUGACUGUGGUGACAGGGUCAUCCCUACAUACAAUAAUACUGAAAGUGACGGUCAAGAAACUUUAAAUUUGGACCCUAACGAGGCACCAGAAAUCUGUGCUCGUGAUGGAUCUGACGGCGUUUUAAUCGCACAUGAAAACUGUAACCAGUACUACAAAUGUUAUCAAGGAGAACCCAAUGCAUUGAAGUGCAGUGGUAACCAUAUGUAUAAUUCUUACAAAGAAUGGUGUGACUGGGCUGAAAAUGUGGAUUGUGGUGAAAGGAUCGUUCCUGGUAAUAAUGAUAGUUCUGAAAAUGGUAACCCUACGAUGGCAUCAGAAAUAUGCGCGCGCGAAGAAUCUGAUGGCAUACUUGUAGCUCACGAGAUUUGCAGUCAAUUCUUCAAAUGUAGCCAUGGCGUCCCUAUUGUACUACAAUGCGGAAAUGGUCUUCAAUAUAAUGCAGACCUGGGAAUUUGUAAUUGGCCAAGUCAGGUUGAUUGCGGAGACAGACAACAAUGAAACCUGUGUAGCUUAUUGAACUUGGACUUAGAGAAUAAUUAAUACCUUUAUA